AUGCGGAUUGGUAAAACAGAUAAAGGUCAAGUCAAUAAGAUUACCAGCAGAUUUGACUACUUACUUGAGUUUGUAGGUGAGCUGAAUUCUAAUGCUCUUUGGCUGCUUAUUGUUGAGGUCUACCAGUUUAUUGCUAGGCACUUAGGAUGUCACCAGAAAGUCAAUGAAGCAAUUAUGCAAUUUCUACAGGAUCAGCCUUAUAUAGCAUGCCAGAGUCAGAACCUACCGCUGUCUCAUCCUGGGAUUAAGGACCUCAGUAAGCUGUUCCUCGAUCUGAAUUGUCUCGCUGUGAAGUUUGACAUUUCUGCUGGUCCAGUCAUAAUUCAGACUGGUUCGUCUCGUAAGAAAAUAAGACAAUACAUAUUUUUCUCCACCUCACGGUCCAUGUAUUAUGUCUCCGGAGAAGAUCGGACAAUGAGCUGA